AUGUCCCAACCAGUCUCUGAAUUAGUCAUUUCACCUAGGCAAAAGCUUAUCGGCCACUUUUCCUUUGGUGUGCGCUCUUACACGGAAUCCAAGGCAUUUUACAAUGCCGUACUCGCCACCAUUGGUGGUAUCACUGUUUUCGACAGUCCCAAAUCUCGAGUCUUAGGCUACAGUCUGUCCAGUAGACCCAAUGAAGAGCCUCUUAAUCUGUUUGAAAGGGCCAAUGUGGAACCGUCGGGCCCUGGCGUGCACCUAGCGUUUGAUGCACCGAGCCGCCAGGCUGUCCGUGAUUUUUGGGAGGCGGCCAUGGCUAACGGAGGCAGUGAUGAGGGUAAAUGGGGUCCACGGCCAGACUAUGGAGAUUUGUAUUAUGCUGCAUUUGUGAGAGACCCGAAUGGAUUCAAGCUGGAGGUGGUGUACCAAGGACCAGAUGACGAGGGCAGCGAUAGCGAAGAUGCGCUUCUACGGAAAGCAAUCUUGGCUGAAAUGGAUAUCCAGCAUGAGGCAGAGAGGAAGGCAAUGGUACAGAAGAUUGGAGCGCUACAAUCAGCUGACCUCCGAAAGGAAUUGGAUAAAUUAAAAUGGCCUGAAUAA